AUGUCUCGUGCUCAUACCACGGAAAAAGCUGAAGCAUAUGCUCAAGAGCUAAACAGGAAGCGAAUACUUCAAGCAACAGAAGAAGAUGCUGAAAAUAAUGAAAAUGGAUCAGACAAGAUUGCAUUCGGCGCAGCAGGACAGUAUGAUACAGAUGUGUAUGGAAGUGUUCGUGGCAACAGAAGUGGCAAAUAUCUUGAUUCGAUCAAUACUGCAGAUGAGGACGACAUUGAUGAAGACACCAUCGUACCCGUGAAUAAAAAAUCAGUCAAUGCUCCUGCUAAAUUUAUCCAUGAAGCAGCUCACACUGGCGGAGAUGAGCCCGAUCCGUUUGCAGAAACUCGCACUAAGACAAUCAUAGAAAGGCAAGCAUCCAAAUAUGCAGAACGUGCUCGACAUCGAGCCAUUUCUCCAGAUCGAGUCGAUGCAUUCAUUGACCAAACGCCCGAUCAGAGAAACCGUGGUUAUGCGGAGAUUAUGAAAGAGCAGCAGUAUAAAGAAGAAAAGGGAAAGGUAAUAUUUUUGUAA